CAUAGCGGGGAGCUUGUCGGCAGUGACAGCGGUGAACUCCUGCAGCCCGGAUCUUCGCCACACACGGGAAAGCGCGGAGCUGCCCGGGCUGAAUCCCGUUCUUCUCCGCUCGGACAUCUUCCCGUACAGAGAGAGAGAUAGAGAGAGAGAGUUGCAGCAGCAAAGCACAAGCGGACGCGGACACCGUUGGUCCCCUCUCCGGCGCGAUGAAACCAGGAAUUAGCUGCCCCGAUGGAUCCGCGGAGCACGCGGAGGGACAGGCGGCAGGGAGCCGGCAGAUGAUGACGGGGAUCGGGACGACCCGAAGUGGGAGCCGGUGUCUGCCUCUGUUUCUCCUGCUCCUUCUCGGCAGCAGCUGCCACAUGUUGCACGGCCAAGAGGUGGCUCCCUAUCUGCGAGGGGGUGGACCAGGGCAGCAGGUGAUGCUGGAGGGAAACAGGUUGGUGCUGACCUGCUUGGCUGGAGGCAGCUGGCCUCUGCAGUACCGCUGGACUCUCAACAACAGCAACAUCACCGACUGGACACCACAGUACAGGUUGUCUGUCCCGUCUCUGAAGAGGACUGACACUGGCCUGUAUCAGUGUAUGGUGAGGAACAGGAUGGGAGCAGUAAUCCACAGGAGAACAGAGGUGCAGGUGGCCUUUUUGGGGAGCUUUUCCACAGAUGAGCAGAGGAAAACUGUGACUCAGGGCAGAGCAGCCAUCAUCAGCCCGCCUCCCUUCGCGUCUUUCCCCCGACCCUUAGUCACAUGGUUCAAAGAUGGACACAAGAUCAUCCCCAACAACCGAAUAACAAUCACUUUGGACAAUCAGCUGGUCGUCCUGGCAACCGCUGCGACGGACGCGGGACGUUACCAUGUAGAGGCGGUGAACGAGAUGACGGGAGAGAAUGUGACGAGUCCUGCCAUCUACCUGAGCAUCUCAGAUCCUGAGUCAGAGCUUGUGGCUCCAGCGAUUGUGAUUGGACCUAAAGACACAACAGUGGUGGCAGGGGGCGAGGCUACACUGGAGUGCAUCGCUAAUGCCAGACCGGUUGACAGCCUCACGGUGUCAUGGAAACGUGAUGGGCGUCGGCUGGCCAGUGGGCGUCGGCUCAUUAUUCCUGCCCCCACCUCUGCUGACACCGGGUUAUAUGUUUGUGAAGCGUUGCUUAGUAACAGCACUGCUAAACCUGUGGAGGCAAGGGCACACCUCACUGUAAUGGAACCGCCCUCUCUGACUGCUCAGCCUAAGAGGAAGAUCUUUGCUGACCUUGACAGGAAUGUAGAUAUACCCUGCCUCGCCACAGGCGUGCCCCAGCCCAGGAUAGAGUGGUAUAAGGACACAGUGCCUCUUUCCAAAUUGGCCAACCCUCGCUACAAGGUCACCACAGCAACCGGGCUGACGGUGCGCAGGGUGCAGCCAGGAGACGGAGGAAUAUUCCAGUGUUUUGCUCGCAGUGCUGCUGGAGAGACCCAAGCGCACACACAGCUCCUUGUGUCCAGUGUGGCCCCCACAUUUACACUCCCCCCAUCUGACCAAACAGUAACUGAUGGCAACACAGCCUUGUUUACCUGCCAGACGAGCGGCGCUCCAAAACCUUCCAUCACCUGGAGGAAAGGAUUGCAGGUGUUGGCCAGCGGCUCUGUCCAGAUUCCCAGGUUCACGCUGUUGCAGUCAGGUGGGUUGCAGAUUCAGCCAGUCAGCUUCCAGGAUUCAGGAGAAUACACCUGCAUCGCCUCCAACUCAGAGGGAGCCAUCAAUGCCACUGCUACGCUCACCGUCUGGAGUCGAACAGUCAUUUCCGUGCCUCCAGCAGACAAGCGUGUUAUCAAAGGAACAACUGCUGUUCUGGACUGUAACGCUACACAUGACCCCAGAGUCAACAUCAGCUUCAAGUGGGAUCGUGGUGGUGUGCUCGUCCUUCCAACCAGUGGGGGCCGUGUUUCUGUGCGCCAGGGCUCUCUCACUAUUGGCCAGACGUGGUCAGGUGACAUCGGGGAUUACACCUGCACUGUGACAUCACAGGCUGGCAACGAUUCCCGCUCAUCACGUCUCGAAGUCAUUGAGCUGCCGCAUUCUCCUCGCUCCCUGACUGCCCGUCUCAACGACUCUGACUCCCGCUCUGUCCUCCUGUCCUGGCUACGCCCCUUUGAUGGGAACUCCCCUCUACUGUACUACCUGCUGGAGCUAUCUGAGAACAACUCUCCAUGGAAGGUUUACCUAUCAGAGGUCGAUCCUGCGGUGACUGAGGUAUCAGUGGGCGGGCUCACGCCUGCCCGGACCUAUCAGUUCAGACUUUGUGCCGUCAAUCAAGUGGGCAGGGGUCAGUACAGCGCCGAGACGCAGAGAUUGAUGUUAAGGGAGGAGGCACCUAGCUCUCCUCCGAAGAACAUUGUGGCCAGUGGACGGACAAACCAGUCCAUCAUGGUCCAGUGGCAGCCUCCACCAGAACCCCAGCUCAACGGAGUCCUCCGAGGAUACGUACUCAGGUACCGUCUGGCAGGGCUGCCGGGGGACUACCAGGAGAAGAACAUCAGCAGCCCAGAGACCAACUACUGUCUGCUGAAAGAUCUGAUCAUCUGGACACAAUACCAGAUCCAGGUGGCCGCCUACACUGGAGCCGGCCUGGGUGUCUACAGCAGCCCUGUCACUGAGUACACUCUGCAGGGAGUUCCCACAGCACCUCCGCAGGAAGUGGAAGUUGUAGCUAUCAACUCGACCACCAUCCGCUUCACAUGGAACCCUCCACCUCAGCAGUUUAUUAAUGGCAUCAACCAGGGAUACAAGCUGCUGAUCUGGCCAGAGCAGUCUCCAGAGGACCUUACUGUGAUAACCAUCACCCCAGACUAUCCAGGGUCACGCCACACAGGAUUGGUCAGUGGACUCAAGAAAUUCACCUGGUACUUCGGUGCCACCCUCUGCUUCACAACACCUGGAGAUGGCCCCCGCAGCCCCCCCACCCUGCUGCAGACACAUGAGGACACACCAGGACCCGUUCGUCACCUGAGCUUCACUGAAAUCUUAGACACAUCACUCAGAGUCAGCUGGGUAGAGCCUGAAGACAAGAACGGCAUCAUUACUGGUUAUCUGUUGUGGUGGGAAGUGUCUGACAAAGAGUCGAGUCGUGUGGAACGUUCUUUGUCCAACUCCACCCUGCAGUACCAGCUGACCGGCCUCACCUCCACCACCACGUACACACUACAGGUGGCAGCGCUCACUGCCGCAGGACGGGGUGUGGUCACAUCCUCCACCAUCUCCACUGGAGUCCCACCAGAACUUCCUGGGGCACCAUCUAACUUAGUCAUCGCCAACAUCAGCCCUCGGACGGCAACACUUCGGUUCCGCCCUGGUCCUGAUGGAAAGACAGCAAUAUCACGAUGGAUUGUAGAAGGACAGGUAGUAAAGGAGGGUGGAAAGGAGGAGGCUUGGAGAGUUGUCUACCAGAAAGACAACCAGCCAGAUGCAGAAACACUGGAGAUCCCUGACCUCACUCCGUUCACUCAGUACAGAUUCAGGAUGCGUCAGGUGAACAUUGUGGGGUCCAGUCCCAUGAGCGCCCCCUCCAGGCUGAUUCAGACCUUACAGGCAGCCCCUGACACACACCCCUCUAACCUCACCGUGCUGUCUGCUACACAGACCAGCCUUCGCUUGAGCUGGAAGCCUCUUCCUGAGUCUGAGUACAACAGCAGUCCAGAGACUGUGGGCUAUCGGCUGCGUGCAUGGAGGACAGACGGGCAAGGGGAGGACAGGACCGAGGAUGUGGAGGGGCAAGGGCGGACGAGUGAGGCCACAAUAGAGGGCUUGAAUCCCUGGACCCAGUAUCAGGUUCAGAUACAGGCUUACAACUCCAUAGGACCUGGACCCUGGAGCAACACUGCCGCUGCGAACACUGCAGAAUCUGUUCCAUCUGGAUCUCCAGUGAAUGUGACUGCUGAGGCAGUGAGUUCCACCCAGAUCCUACUCACAUGGUCUGCUCUCCCUCAGGCUCAGAAGAAUGGAGUCAUACUUGGAUAUAAGGUGCUGUACAGUGAGAAAGACUCAGAAGGUCCCCCUGGUGUUCAGGUGGCAGAAGGACAGGGGAGUGUGUCGCUGCUCCUCAGGGUUCUCAAAAAAUACACAGUGUACGUGCUGCAGGUGCUGGCAUACACACGGAUGGGUGACGGCCCUCCCAGCAACCCCAUACCGCUCCGCACCAAAGAAGAUGUCCCAGGCCCCCCUGUCAGGAUGGUGUUUCCAGAAGUUCGAUUGUCAUCAGUCAGGGUGGUUUGGCAGCCACCCAUGAACCCCAACGGCAUCAUAUUAGGCUACCAGAUCUCCUACUGCCUCGACAGCAGGGACCCUCUGCGGUGGACCACAGUGGAGGUGGGCUCCAAUGCUCGCCAGUUCACCGUCACAGGACUUUCCCCUGAGCAAAGCUAUGUGUUCCGACUCACUGCUCGAACUGCCGUGGGCUGGGGCGAAGAACAGGAAGCUCUGGUUGUUACCACUGAACGUAGAGAGCGUCCCCAGCCACCCAGGAAGUUAUCUGUUCCUCAGGACGGGGUUGAAUCUCGCCAUCUCCGCCUCCACUGGGUGACAGGUGGCUCAGGCUCCUCUCCCCUGAGGUACUUCACUCUGCAGGUCAAACAGCUGUCCAGUGGGGACUGGAACACACACACUGCUGACAUCCCACACAACGUGACCACCUGGACCGUUGACAGGUUGAAGCCUUUCACAUCAUACAAGUUUCGGAUGCUGGCCACCAACGAUGUUGGAGACAGUCUCCUCAGCAAAGAGACGGAGGCCGUUACAACUCUGCAGGAUGUGCCUGAUGAGCCACCAGUGAUCCUCGCUGUGAAACCAACAACCACUACCUCAGUCCUGGUGCAGUGGAAGCGGCCCAGCGACGACAGCAUUAAUGGGGUGUUGACUGGAUACCGGCUGUACUAUAGGGAGCUCCCAGUAAACGCCUCCACUUUCACUGAAACAGAGGUCCAGAAGACCCAAAACACAACUACAAGUUCCCUCAUUACAGCCAAGAGCACCUUCAAGACAGUCAGCAGUGCCUCACUAACAGAGUUUGAGUUGACACAGCUAAAGAAAUUCAAACGUUAUCAGAUUGUUAUGACAAGCUACAACAUCAUCGGAGAGAGCCCACCCUCCAACCCAGUUGAGGUGUCUGUCGGAGAGGCAGCUCCAUCGGUGGCUCCCCAGUCUAUCAGAGUGUCAGCUGUGUCUUCCUCCAUCCUGGAAGUGACCUGGGACACGCCCCCCCUCGAGACCCAGAAUGGACUCAUCCAAGGAUACAAGAUCCACUACUGGGAGAGGGACAAGCAGAACCAGAGUGAGAAGAUGAAGGUGAUUUUUGUCCCAGACACCCGUGUGCACCUCACCAACCUGACCAGCUACACGCCUUACCUGGUCACUCUGACAGCCUUCAACACGGCGGGAGACGGACCCCCCAGUGACCCCCGCGGGGCUCGGACCCUGCAGUCUGCUCCCAGCCAGCCAGCCUACCUGUCCUUCUCAGAGGUGACAGGAGAAAGUGUCAACGUGUCCUGGGGAGCUCCACUCAGUCCUAAUGGACAGCUAGAGGGCUACAGGGUCGUCUACCAGCCCACAUCUCCCGUACAAGGAGUGAGCAAAGUUGUGACAGUGGACGUGAAGGGCAGCUGGCAGCGGUGGCUGAAGGUUCGGGACCUGGUCAAAGGAGCGACAUACGCGUUCAACGUUCAGGCUCUCACAGUCAGCUAUGGACCACCCAUACAGGCAAACAUCACUGCUCAGCCUGUGCAAGGCACCCCUGGGUCUCCUAUGGAAAUGUCCAUCACCAAGACGUCCUCUGCUCUCAAUAUCCAGUGGUCAGACUCCGAUACCGGUGCAGCACCUGUGACUGGAUACAUUAUUGAGGCUCGUCCCUCAGAUGAAGGUGUGUGGGAUUCCUUCAUCAGACCCCUCCCUCCCAGCAGCAGGUCUGUUUCGGUGCCGAUGGAGCGCCUGAGGUCGGGGAUCAGCUACGAGUUCAGAGUCAUCGCUGUUAAUCGCUAUGGUUACGGACAGCCGAGUACACCCUCUGCUGCUCUUGCUGCACUGUCCGAGCGUCCGUUCUAUGAGGAGUGGUGGUUCCUGCUGGUCAUGGCUCUGGUGGGAAUCAUCCUCAUUCUGGUCCUGGUCUUCACACUGCUGUUGCAUGGACACAGCACCAAGUACAAGGCCUGUGGCACAGGCAAGCACGUGUCCACGGCAGAGGAGUCUGUAACUCUAGACAACGGAGGAUUCACCGCUCUGGAGCUCAACAGCAGAACGCUGAACACCAAGAACUCCUUCCUGAAAAAGAAUGGGACCAGGUCUCCUCCCAGGCCUAGUCCAGGUGGGCUUCACUACUCUGAUGAGGACAUAUGUAACAACUAUAAUGGAGCCGUGCUCACUGAGAGCACCACACUCACUGAGAAACCCACUGAGGUCUCUGAGUCAGAGUUAACAGACAGUGACUAUGAGGACGAGCAGCCAAAGCACUCCUUUGUCAACCACUACAUGAGUGACCCCACCUACUACAACUCCUGGAAGCGGCAGCCCAAAGGCCUUAAAGGGAUCGGCACUCCUUUUGGCUAUGAGGAGUGUGCCACUGCAGACACCGAGCCCUACUACCAGACCGUGGUCACCCAGCACAGCACAGGCGGCGCCUACACACCCACAGGGCAGCCUGCGCACACACACGUCAAUCCCAACACCAACCCACCGGGAUCGCGCACCCCUGUGACGGGAUUCUCCUCAUUUGUUUGACUCUAGAGACAAAAUCUGCACAAAAUGAUACACACACGCGUACACAAAAUGAAUGAGGGGGGCCGGUGUGUGAUUGGUCUAAAGGAGAAAGAGCUGACGGCUUCGGAGGAGAGGGGAGGACAAGAUGAGGAGACGUGGGACGGACUGGUGACAAAACAACCCUAUCAUGCCCCAAAGAACUAAACCUACACUUUCCACUCGCCUUCUCCCCUCGUUCACAAAGAUCCUCACUGUGUCGACGAGUGUGUGUGACCUUGCUCUCCUACUCUUUUACGCCUCUGUGUCACUGUGCUCACACACACACAGUUACCGUUCUCGUUUCCACACACUCACAUUGACACCGGCGGUACCACCAGAUAUUUACGCCCAUUCCAGAGACUCUCCAACGAGAGCUGAGAGCAAGGUGAGUCAGUUUGUGUAAUUGUGGAGGAGAGAAUUCAGCCUGGAACUGGUUGAAUAUGGAAUUUCUGCACAACGCUUCUUCUCUGUUUUCUGUAUUUUACACAUACGUGCACAAGCACACACACAUGCAUUCUCUGAUGCGUCACUUAAGUAUCUCCCACUGCGAGAGAGGACCUUCAAAGGUGAGGAGAAUUACUAAGAGACGGCACAGGAGGGAGCAGCUUUUGUUGACUGGUUCAUGUACACAAACACGGAGCUGUCAGAUUUAAAAGACCACCACACGGAGGAAAAGAAAAAUAACAAUCAAUAAUCGUCGUAUUUGAUAAAGGAUGGAGAGCGAGUGUGGGCGAGGGUUCUUCGGCACUUAAGGCAUUCUCAGUGAGAGUGUUUCGUGGUUUCUGAAAGCGAUGUGUGACGUUUGGGGUUUGGGUUGGAAUAUAUGAAAAACCAUGUUUUUUUACUGUGUACUGCCUGUUAUCAGCUCUCCUUACACCACAGCCCCUCCCCCACCCAAGCCAUAAUGCUUGCACUGAGCCGAACCCACACAUUUCAUAUUUUUUCUGCUGAAGUUUAAUUUUUUUUACAAGUUUGAACGUGUGUGUGUUUGAGUGUGACACGUGUGUGUACCAGCAUGCGUGUAUAAAUGGCUCUAUGACCUGUUCAUCUGUCUCUGUUGUUCACUGCUAAGCAAAGUGUGCCAUUGUAUGUAUGUUUGUAUUUUUAAGAUGGAUUUUGUACAGGGAAACCCUUUUUACUUGUGUGCUGUUGUAUGUAGUUCAGUCACGUUUGUGUAAUUCAAAGCAAAUAGUGAAGCAGCACUGGAGAGAGUUUGCAGCUACACUGAUGGAUUAACAGGAAAAGGAGGAGACAGAGACAAGAUCAUUUAAAAAGAAUCAUAAAAAAUUAGUUUCAGCGAACGAGUGUGGGUGGAACAAGAUAACAGGAUAUUUUACAGAAUCAUUCUUGUUCAAACUGAGUGUGAUUGAAAUUUGAAACACAGGGCCCCACAGUCUGAACUCUGGCCUCAACUACCAGCAGCGAGGCUGACACGCGUGGACUUUGUACUUCUCUUCAAGUGCGAACAAAAGUCAUCCCUAAGUUUUUGCUCAUGUAUGAUUUAAAGAAUCUCCACAGACCCACCCAGUUCGCCAGCAGCCUCCCUCACUCUGUCACGCCUGUUUUGAGUCCCAUACAGCGUGUGAAU